AUGCAGGCUUUCCGGUGGGUUCUGGGGUACGUGAUGCUUUUCGCUUUUGCUAAGGCAGGCACUGGAGAUAUGGCAAGAUACGAUCAUUUCCGGCUGUACCGAGUUCUGAUCCGAACACAGGCCCAGGUGGAGAUGUUGCAGAAGUUAGAAGAGCAAAGUGACAGCUACUCCUUCAUGGGUCAUGCCCGGCAACCAAACCAAAACCUAACGAUUAUGGUUGCGCCGCACAAAAUUGCGGAAAUUACGGAGUUGCUCGCUAGGUACGAACUACAGGGCACAAUAUUGCUCUACAAUAUGCAAGAACUCAUCGAUAGGGAGCAGUCCACGAUCAAACCGAAAGACACCAAGCCGGAAGAUUUUGGUUGGAACUUUUACCACCAUCUGGACACGAUCAAUGCAUGGUUGCGGCUGCAGGUAUCACGCCAUUCCCAUCUGGAGUUGGUCGAGCUAAGCGCGAGUUACGAAAAUCAAGCACUUUACGGUGUGAAGCUAGCAAAGAAUCCCGCCAACAGUGCCAUCUUUGUUGAGUGUGGUAUACAUGCGCGUGAAUGGAUCUCACCGGCCAGCUGUACGUUUGUGCUGAACGAACUGCUCACCUCUGACCGGGCGGAUGUACGCCAGCUCGCGGACAACUUCAACUGGAUCAUCUUUCCGGUUGUAAAUCCAGACGGUUACCGCUAUACAUUCGAGGGUGAUCGAUUGUGGCGCAAAAACACCAAACCGUACGGGCUGUGCCGUGGGGUAGAUUUGAACCGUAACUUUGCGAGCGAUUGGAACGGACCGGGAGCAAGUUCGGAUCCAUGCCGGUAUGAUUUUGCCGGUGGUAGUGAAGCGAGCGAACCGGAAACUCAAGCACUGGCCAGCUAUCUAACGGAGAAUGUAUCGAAACUACGCAUCAGGACGUACUUUUCAAUUCAUUCCUUUUCGCAGUUGGUUAUGUUCCCGUACGGCUAUAAGACGGAUCGAGUAUCCAAUUACGACGAUUUGGUCGCGAUCGGUCGGAAGGGUUCAGAGGCGAUUGAGCGCACCCACGGCAUGAAGUACGUGUCCGGUGCGAUGAUUGAAACAAUCUACCCAUCAUCCGGGGACAGUGUGGAUUGGGUGUACAGUGCGCUCGGUGUUCCGGUAGCGUACACGUUCGAACUACGUGGACCACCGGACAGCACGAAUAUGUUUGUACUCCCGGCGGUGGAAAUCAUACCAACGGCUGAAGAACUGUUGGCGGCCUUUGUCGCGAUGCUGGGCGAAGCCACACAACUAGGAUAUUACGAAAGCGAUAUGAAUAGGCAGGAACUUUAA